AGCUCAAGGUCCUAUUUUUACCAUUUUGGAAAAUACAUGGUCCAUUUUAUCAUUUAACAAAAUAGAGGGUCCAAUUGGUAACUUUUGUAAAACACAUGGUCCAAAAUGGUAUUUACCUUUUUUACUACGUACUACUUUUCUUGACCAUCACUUUUCUUUUGGUGUGGUUGUGUUAAUGUUUUAUUUUUUUGGCAUAGUUAUUAAACGGGUGAUAUUUAAUACAUGAGUCUUGAUACGACACGAAUAUGACCCACAAACACAAAUAGCAAUCCUGGAUAUCCCUUCCCAUACAUAUGUAUUUUGCCUUACUAAAUUUCUAUUUUUGAUUAUUAAAACUUCAUUACCUUUUCUUUUUUUUCCCUUCAUAUUACUAAGAAGGGUGUACCACUCUUAAUUUAGAAAGACUAUACGAUUAAAUCAAUGCCAAAUGUGAAUAAAUGUGAUCAUUAUUCAUUUAAACAACACACCUACAUCAGUUUUAAUUAUAUCUUAAUUUAAUCAACUUAUAAUUAGGCCUAGUAAUGAAAUAUGAGGUGUAUGUUACCCUUUUUGUGAUUAUAGUUUGUUUGUAGCUAUUUAGUACACAACCUAUAAACAAAAUGAAUAUAUCUAAUCUAGCAUACCAGCUACAACAAUGACUUUCAAUAAAUGGACUCAUCUGAACAAAUACUAGUAUUUUAAUUCGUAAUUAAGUCCUCAUAACAAAAAUAAAUAAAUCCUUUUCCAAUGUAUAAUAAUAAUAAUAAUCAUAAUAAUAAUAAUAAUAAUAAUAAUAUGCAUCAGCAAAGCAAGUCAAAUUAGAGUGAAAGUGAAAUGAAACAGAUUAUAUCAUAGUAUUAAUUGAACAAAUACAAAAGUAUUGGAUUGGAUGGUUUGGUUGGGCUAAUUAGCCGUCCUUGUCCUAUCAAUAUUAAUUAUAAGCCUUCUUCUGACUUGUGAGUCACCUCAGAGGUUUUAUAUAUUCCUUUAAUGUAAUAAUAUUAAAUAGUCUGUGACUUGAGAACUCUCUUAAAAGGAAAACAUCAGUUUAUUAUACUCAAUGUUACUUUGGAAAAAAAGGCAAACCCCUAUUUACAGACACAAAAAUAAUAGUAGUAUUAAUCCAUAACUUGUUUGAUUACUUCUUGAACUUAGCUUGAGGAAAGACCAAAGCUUCUGCUUUGAUUUUCUGGUGAAGACUUCUUCUCUUUGUGCAAGACUAUUAUAUUAGGCCACUGUCAGGGGUUUGGAGGCAGAGAUUUGGAAAAUUUUUACAAAAAUGAAAAACGCAAUUCUUCCAUCUGUAACCACACAUUAUGAUUUUGGUAACUUUAAUUAUGAUCUCCAGAUGUUUAGUGACAUUAAUCCUCAAAACAGUUUUGGGUUUUGCAUGGAUACUAUUCCCAGCUUGGACAAUUACAAUCACACAAGACUUGAAGACUAUUCCUUUCCCUUUCAACCAUCAUCUCUGCUCACCUAUCCUCAACAAGCUUUUCCAUCCAACAUUUUGAGCUGUGAUGUCAUUGAUAAUAGCUCUGAUCAUCACCAGCAGUCAAAUAUCUUCCUUGGCAAGAAGAUUUUGGCUCCACAAUUUGAAGUGGAUUUUCAUACUAUUGAAAGGAGAAGGAAACGUCCAACUGAAGAUAAUGCCAUACACUUUCCCAGAAGUAGCAGAUGGGAGUUGCAUAGUGACAAAAGAAAUAAAAGAAACAAAGUGACAAGAAAUGACCAAGAAGCAAUGCAAGAGCACAAGUUGGGGAUGCCUACAAAGAGGAGCCAAAAGCUCAGUGACAAAAUCACUGCCCUUCAAAAGCUGGUUUCCCCCUAUGGCAAGACUGACACUGCCUCAGUUCUUCAAGAGGCUUCCCUAUAUAUCAAGCUUAUUCAAGAGCAAAUUCAGAACCUUUAUAGGAUGAUGAGUAGCCCAUGCGAGAGUAUAAGAGUCUCUCAAUCACAGGGAAGUGGGAAAAGAUGGCUAGAUUUGCGAAGUAGAGAGCUUUGCUUGGUUCCGGUCUCAUUUACCAAGGCAGUGGCGUUGGACGAUCCAAUUGAUAAAUGUUCAACCUACAAACAUUAGUUCUUAAUUAUUAGAUAUUUAAAAGAAGAAAAUAACCCAUUCAUAGGCACACACAUAUAUCCAAUUAUUAUUGCCAAUUUACAUUAUAUAUUUAUUAUACUAUUUUCUCCAUUUUUUUUAAGCUAGAGAACAUAUUUUACAUGUUAUAUAUAUACAUAGUACUUUUCUUAAAUAUGUAUUAUUCAAAGAGGAAGUUUGAGUGAAUCUCUCUUUUGCUUAAUCAGAUUAUUAUUAUGAUGAUCAUGAUUAGAGUCCAAAAUUUGAUUAUGGUAUAUACUCUUGUGUCAAACUUUGACUUUUGAGUUAAACGUGCAUAGCUUCAACUGGAGAAAUGCUCACACGUUUGGUGUACAUGAUGAAAGAAAAUAUAUUCAUGCACCUACCAAAACCUUGUAUAAUAUAAUGUAAAUAUUCAUAUAAAAAUUCAUCUUCACAAAUUCUAACGAAAAA